UAUAAUUGAACAUUACGCUCUCUUGAUGAAAAAAGGAAUUUCUUCGCGCAGCAGACGAGAGAUAAUUCUCAGUUUUCUGUUAACAGUCAAAUAACAUGGAUCGUUGGAUUAAUAAAGUUGCGGUGAUAACUGGCGCCAGUUCUGGCAUUGGUGAGGAUUUAGCGAGAGAAUUGGUGAAGAAAAAUGUUAAUGUCGUUGGAUUGGCGAGAAGAAUUGAUAAUAUGCAGAAAAUUAAGGAAUCGUUAAAAAAUGAGAAGGGCUCAUUUUAUCCAAUUAAAUGUGAUGUCUCUAAGGAGGAGGAUAUCGUUAAAGCAUUUCAAUGGAUUGAAAAAAAUUUAAAAACCGUCGAUAUUCUCGUUAAUAAUGCUGGAGUUUAUACCUCAGAUUUGUGUAUUGAAAGUUCAACAGAGAAUAUUAAAAAAGUUAUUGAUGUUAAUUUAAUUGCCCCCACUGUCUGCACCAAGGAGGCUGUGAAAAUAAUGAGAAAAAACAAUACAGCCGGUCACAUUAUUAAUAUUGACAGUGUUGCCGGGCAAGGUGUGAAAUUUUACGAAAGUACAGCAUUAAAUAUGUACAGUCCAAGUAAAUUUGCCCUAAAGGCUGUCAGUCAAGUUGUUGAAUUGGAACUUGAAUAUGUCAAAAAUCACACAAAAGUAACAACUAUUUUUCCUGGAUUGGUGAAAACUGAAAUGCCACCAGAAAUUGCUUUCAAACAUUUACCCUACGUUGAUUCGAAGGAUAUUACUGACAGUAUAAUUUACGUUUUAUCCACACCACCGCAUGUGCAGAUUAAAGAACUAACAAUUACACCCGUACCUGGAUAUAUGCGCCAAUAAAAUGUCGAAAAGAGAAUUAUUUUUUACAAAUUUUUACGCAAAAAAAAUUGUUUUUCCUGUCUUCUAAUUAAUUUUAA